CGUUUCAUAUCAUCGACCAUUGAUUGUGAAAACUAUUUUUGGGCGGCAUUUCUUAUUUUUUCACUUCGGAGAUAUUAAUUAAUAUUAUAACAAAAGGAAUUUUAAAAUGAGUGGUGACACAGAGUACGAACGUCCCAGAAGACAUCGAGCACCAAAAGUGCGUGUCCAUGACUAUUUAUACGACUCAGCGUUUAUAGUGUCCGGGGCGAGGGAUUACGCGCGCACUGCGUUCAAAGCAGCCAUGGCAUCAGCCCAACUUGGAAUCCAGCCAGUGUACAAGACAAUGUUCUCCGACUGCACGAGAUACCCUCGGAUGCAUGUCGUGUACUACGCCAACUGCCGCCUCCCCUCCCACGUGGACCGCUCGUACAACGCGUACAUACGGCGCGUACAGCUCGCUGGCGCCGCGCCCGUGCCUCACACUGACGGCAGGGAUCGGUUCAAGUACACCGCAAUGCCGAAGAAAGUUCUGGCUCUGCAGAAGUCAUCUCCCGACUUCCACCCGCCAUCGCCUCUGCCCCACGAGCGAGGCCCGCUCAAACCCAGGAACCGAGCCACGCAGAGUUUGUUCAGGGAGUCGUCAGCGCAGACGACCCCGUGGCAGCCGGACGCGAAACCGGCCGACGGGUGCGUCAACACCCCUGAAGUAUUGUACCUGGAUCAGAUGCAGUGGGGUCCGGGCAGCCCAUAUCGCUUGGGCGAUCUCCCGGCUGAUUUUCACACCACCGAAAUCAUAAACAAGAUGCGUCAUGCUCGGGCAUGGAACCAGAUAGCGGAGAAGGACCAGUUCCCGCGCCACAUGAUGAAAAGGAACGCAAUCAUCAGCGACGUGGAGACCAAGGACUGGAUCUUUAGGGAGGCGGAGAUCGACGAGUUGCAGGACAUAAGACUAACACUGCUACAUAGGAUUCAGCAAGAGCAGCGUCAGAAGCAAACUAGCAGAACAAGUUUAAAACUAGCGAAGCUGUGGGCUUGCAAGAAGCAGGAGAUGGAGAGAAAACUGGAGCGCAUCAGGAGAGGAAGAGACAGGGAAGUCCGCAAGCUAAAGCUACUCCAUACAAGCGGCGGUCGAGCCGGUCUCGUUGAAAAAUCUCGCAUCUCCCGCGCGGGAGGGAAUAUGAUCGAAGCUUGCGGUGACCCCGCCUCCAUACUGCACGCGCCCCUCGCUCGACACGGCUGCCACGCGAGAGGAAGACAUUCCCGCAUAUAUUACGAACCCGCUCUGCUUUCCCUCGAAGAUCACGAGAGUAUAGCUCAGCCCCCGGCUUGGCUCGAGCAAUGCGGUCAGAAUUUGAAGCGCACAUGUUCCGGACACCAUUUACCAUCGGAUCCGUCUAAAUUAUGCGAGCGAGAGACCAAGUGGAGCGAGCAGUUCUUAGAGACCCUUCAUCAUGAUCUUAUGAAGGCGCGUUUAGGAGCAGCCCACAAUACCGCGGGUCCUCUGCGAGUGUUGAAACCGCGGAGGGUGGUAUCCACCCCGCGCCCCGCCACCCCCGAGGUGGCAGUCGUGGAAGAUUCUGAAGAGAGCAAUCACCAGAACGCGCUGAUGCUGCAGAAGGUCAUCAGGGGACGGGCUGUGCAGAUCUUGAUGUACGAAGGUCGUACGCGAGCUGCAGAAUUAACCGAAGAGUUGAAGACCACGCAUGGUCUUCAGAAGGAGGACAAGGUCCGCAUCGCCAAGGAGGAGACCAAGGCCAGGGAGUACAACGCGAUCAGAACAGAGGCCGAGCAGAAGGAGGACGCAGUAUCAGCUCUGGUAGAUGAACUCUGCGGCGGGGCGGUAUCUGCAGCUCUCGACUUUCUGGAGAAGGAGCUGAGAAGAUUGAAGGAAGAGAGAAGGCAGCACGCGUUCCUUCUCAUCGCUAUGCGAGAGAAGUCGAUGCGCGAAGCACUGGAAGCGGGCAGGAGACAGAAAGAAGAGCACAGAAGGAGGGAGCACGACGAGAUGUUCAAACAGGUGCUGGGCGUGACCCAAGAAACUGUAGACGCUUAUCUCCGCGAGGUGAUUGCUGAAGGAGUGGAACUCUCGGCUGAACACGACGCCGUGAAGAAAGCGCAGGAUUUAGCCGACAAGACUGACGAAUCGCUAAAGGACCAUGACUCGAUGUCUACAGCGGAACAAAACGAAUUGGUAGCAGAACUCGUUCAGCAGUUCUUACUGCCCAGCGUUCACAAGGAAGCAUCUCGGCAUCACAUCUCGGCCACACAAAACGCGAGACUGCAAGCUGCUAGGGAGACAAUAUUCGGAUUGUUGGAUGACGCUGAGGUUAAAGAACCGAUGUGUAUUCGCUGCGAACGGCCACUGGACGAGUCGUGUCGUUGUAGAGAGUGCCACUUGGAACUGGAACCCACGGAGACGGCUUACAGAGAUGAUCCACGCUGGAGAUACACUAGGGCCCGCCCCAGUCAGCCGGAGAAGACUAUCAGCGAAAGGUUCCCGCCCGCGUACGACUUCAGACGCUUGCUCGAUGUAUUGCUUGAUGAAGCGGUAUCUUACUCCCGUUCGUCUCGCUCCGAACAAGUGGCGACGAAACACGACAUUAACCGACGCGUGAAGGAGAGACUCGAAGCUUCUCUCGACGCGAAAUGCUACGUCGAAGAGAUAUUCGACAGAGCAACAGGGGCGUAUGAAGACAAGCCCCAGUCUGACUACCAUCACUACAUGAAGAGAGUGAUAGGAGAAGCACUUGACAGAAGCGAGCCCUUCCUGCAGAAGUCGUGUCCCAAGGAACUCCCCUCGGAGAUCAGGAGACGCAUAGACGAAGAAGCGGCCAGACUCGACCCGAGCUGCAAAUGCGAUUUGGAAAAUAGCAGCUUAUUGAGAAUGAUAACCGCUGAUUUGGAAGAGGGUAUAGCGAGGGGGACCCUUCUACCGUCUGAAGUGCGGAUUCUGGAAGAGAUGCGCCGGUGUAAAUGCGACUCCAACCUGACACCCAGCCCUGAAAUGUACGGUGAGGAUGCGUACACCACGGACGCGACAGCGGCGACGUCGCCGGAUGUCACUGCUACUGUACCGGAACCGGAUGUGGAUGCGGCGCCAUUCUCACCGGAAGAAACCAACCAUUAACUUAUUAACGACUUAUUUAUUCAUACUGAUAAUAUUUAUUGUGAUUAUGAACUUCAUCAUCAUCACAGCCUAUUAAUGCCAAUGAAUUCAUUCUUAUUAUUUAAAAAGAACCACCAAAUUGUCG